AUGCGAUUUUCAUCGCUGCUCCUGUUGUUUUCGACGAUUCCUGACGUCUUCUGCGGAACAACUUCUUUCCUAGGAGUGCCGUAUGCGAAGCCGCCUCUCAGAGAACUUCGGUUUCAUGUGGGGUUUUCUGUUUUUUUCUUGGUGAAGGUUCAAAGAAAGAUAUUUUUUUGAAAGAUCCCUUUUUGAAGUUUAUAAAAAGACCUUUUUUUCAUAAGUCCUUACUUCUAGCUUUCCUGCGGCAACUAUAAAAAAUGGCACGUCUUUUUAAACGUUCGGUUCUUCUGAAGUUAGAGAGCGUUAAAAAAAUAAGAGAGCGGGCUUUUUCUCUAAACUAUCUCUUGUUUAGCAGUGCUCCCUUUUAUUUUUUUCUUGUCUUUUUCAAUAAUCUAUCAAAAAGCUUCACGCUUCGGGAGACCUUUUCUAAUCCAGCCUAUGCGCCCUUAAACGCCAAAAAAGCCCUUCUUAGGAGCUCCAGAGUGGUCCCUAUAGGGGGAAACCUUAGGGCCCUUAAGAGGACCAUUUUACCAACCCCUAUAGGGGCCACUAAAGAUUGCAAAAGUGGUCACUAUAGGGGUUUUAGUUAGUGGCCCCUAUAGGGGACGUGCUAGUCGAUAAUUUUUAUGAGCUCUAUGCGAAGAAGCAUUUACAUGCGAAAAACUAAAAAAUAACUUUUUUUGAAUGAAAUUGAACAACCCCUAUAGGGACCACUCAAGCUUUAGGGGCUGAGGGGUCAGACCCUAAACCCCUAUAAGGACCACCUUGAUUUUGCCCCUGUAGGGACCACUUUUUUCCUUUAUAUGUGCUGUGUUUUGCUCCUAACCCCUAUAGAGACCAUUGUGCAAUUCUCAAAUUCCUUUAUUUGUAAAAUCUUAAAAAGAAUACUUUUUUUCCAGGACGCAGUUGACAGUGACAUCGACAAAUCGAAGACUUAUGACAAAAUUCGGAGCGUCUGCAGCGAGUAUCCGUAUGGAAGCGGAUCAGAGGAUUGCCUGUACCUCAACGUCUUCAGAGGCAAUUCUGACAAAAAGGUUGGAAAAUUUUCAGAAAUCUUACGGGUUCAGGAAAAGAUGCUUCCAGGGUUUUGAAAUCAAACGAGCCCUAGAGCGACCACUUGAGUUGGACUUUUCAAUAAAGAAUCUUUUUUCAUUCAUCUUCUAUACUUGAUUGAUGAGUCUGAUCCCUUAAGUGGUCACUCUCACAGAUAGUUUGGCUCCUAAAGUGGUCACUUUUUAAGAAAACACUUGAGGGGUUAAACUCAUUAGUCAAGUAAAGAAGAGUUUAACCCCUCAAGUGGUCACUCUCACAGAUGAAUUGGCUCCUCAAGUGGUCACUCUUACAGAAAAACGUUCUACUACUUGACUGAUGAGUUUGAUCCCUUCAGUGGCAACUCAUAUAGGAAGUUUGGCUCCCCGAUUGGUCACUUUUUCAGAAAAAAAACUCUUCUUAACUUGACUAAUGAGCUCUGUCCCUUAAAUGGUCACUUUUAUAGAAGAUUAAGCUCCUAAAGUGGUCACUUUUUCAGAAAAAAAACUCUUCUUAACUUGACUAAUGAGCUCUGUCCCUUAAAUGGUCACUUUUAUAGAAGAUUAAGCUCCUAAAGUGGUCACUUUUCCAGAAAAAACGUUCUACUACUUGACUGAUCAGUUUUAUCCCUUAAGUGGUCACUCUUAUAGAAGAUUAAGCUCCUCAAGUGGUCACUUUUCCAGAAAAACACUCUCCUCUACUUCACCAAUGAAGAGCUGAGUGAGAAGAAAGUGGCCGCUUUAGUGAAGGAUGAUCUCACCAUGGUCUACGCCUCGAUCCGAACUGGAGUCCUGGGUAAUGAUAACUAAAAAAUAGUUCCUUCAAAAUCAAUCCAGGCCAUCUCGACGGCGGUUCCUACGGUGUCAGCGACGUCCUGACCGUCGUCCGAUUUUUGAAGGCCAAUUCUGAGGAGUUGGGCGUCGGCCCGAUCACUGCUUGGGCCUCUGGCGACGCCGCGGAGACUCUCUCCGCAGCUUUGCCUCUUCUUGGGGGUUCGAGCUCUUAAUUUUACCUUUUUUGAAGCUUUCCCACGCACUCAAAAUUGCAGGGAAGUUGAUAGAAAUGUAAUUUUGACUGCGCAAAAAUCAGCAAACUGGGCUCUUGAGUGGUAGCCUCAAUUCGCCGUUUUAUAUUAUUAGGAGAUUCAGAGGGACCCCUAUAGGGGUUAGGAGGAGGCCGACAAAGUGGUCCCUAUAGGGGUUUAGGGUCUGACCCGUUAGCCCCUAAAGCUCAAGUGGUCCCUAUAGGAAUUUUUCAAUUUUAUUCAAAAAAUGAUAUUUCAGGCCCCAAAGAGGUUAGGGAGAAAAACAGCCCCAAUUGGGGCCGAAAAAGUGGUCCCUAUAGGGGUUAAAUCAAGGUGGUCCUAUAGGGGUUUAGGGUCUGACCCCUUAGCCCCUAAAGGUCAAGUGGACCCUAUAGGGAUCUCACAAAUUCGUUCAAAAAAACGAUUAUUUAUUCAGUUUUUUUCCCAUGGAAAUGCUUCUUCGCAUAUAAUUUAUAAAAAAAUCAUUGACUAGCCCCUAUAGGGACUACUUUUUGCGAGCCCUUGUGACCCCCUACAGGGGCAGGAGGUCCAAUACUGAGAAAAGUUUUUGAUUUUUUUCUUUCAUUAUUUUUGAGAAAAUUUUUCAAUGGAUUUCUCUAUAAAGCACUUGCAAACGUUGGAAAAUUGUACUUUUCGACCUAGUUUUUUCAGAUAAUGUGGCAAGAGUGAUCCUGGAAAACGGAAAUCAGUUGACGCGAACUCUUGAAAGGAACAAGUUUGAGCGAUUGUCUUCACAUAAAUUCUACAGAAAUCUUGAGGUUUUGCCAAAAAAAUGAUGAAAUUAAGUUUUUCAGUGUGAAAUCCCGUCGAGAGAUCAAACUAUAGACUGUUUGAGGACGAAAUCUUUAGAUCAAAUCGUGAAGGCCGCUUCGGAUGUCCAUGUAGCGGUCUUUCUCGGAAAGAGUUAUAAAAAUUGUAAAGUUCAGAAGGCUUUUUACCCAUUCGGCGAGCCGUUCCGGGCUCCGUCGACUGAAAUCAAGACCACUCAAGUGCCCACUUUGCUGAUUUUGUACAAGGAUCUCCCCGUUGGAUACUCAGUCGACGCCAAUUUCACUGCCGAGUUCUCCUAUAAGGACUUUAAACGAUUCAUGGCCUCCGCGCUGCCGGAUUCGUUGCAUAAGUGCGAUUUUCAAGCAGUUUUAUAGCCUAUUCCGGACCAGCUGGUCACUUCGAGCUACAGUACCUUCCCCUUUGAUGCGCGCAGUAUUUCGCUGUGCAUGCGCCUUUAAUACAACGGAAGUUUUAAGGCUAUUUUAAAGGCGCAGACAAAGACACACCACACAGGUCCUUCCCUUCGAUACAUGCAUCCUGUCUUUCUGCAUGCGCCUUCAAUAAAACUGAAACUUUAGCCCAAUUUAAAGGCGCAUGCACAGAGAUCCUUUCCCUCGAUACAUGCGUCCUGUCUCUCUGCAUGCGCCUUUAAUACGAAGAAAGUUUUUUGGGUGCUUUAAAGGCGCAGACAAAGACACACCACACAGGUCCUUCCCUUCGAUACAUGCAUCCUGUCUAUCUGCAUGCGCCUUUAAUACGAAGAAAGUUUUUAGGCUGCUUUAAAGGCGCAAGCAAAGAGAUAGGCCCUUCUCUUCGAUACAUGCGUCUUGUCUCUCUGCAUGCGCCUUUAAUACAACGAAAGUUUUUGGGCUGCUUUAAAGGCGCAGGCAAAGAGAUAGGCCCUUCCCUUCGAUACAUGCGUCCUGUCUCUCUGCAUGCGCCUUUAAUAAAACCAAUAUUAUAGGCAAAUUUAAAGGCGCAUGCACAGAGAUCCUUCCAUUCGAUGAGCUAGGUCUGUCUCUCUGCAUGCGCCUUUAAUAAAACUAAAACUUUAGCCCAAUUUAAAGGCGCAUGCAGAGCUUCCAUUCAAUGCGCACGACCCGUCUCUGUGCGUGCGCCUUCAAUUUACAUAUAACGACAUUAUGAUCGAGUUUAUCUCGAGUUCUAGUAGAGAUACGGCGUCGGUUUUACACUUUUUUUUUGUUCGUUAUGUUUCAAUGCAUCGAAUGGUCUUUGUUUUGAUAAAAUAAAUUCUAGGCUAAUUUAAAGGCGCAUGCACAGAGACAAGGCUUUCCCUUUGAAGCACGUGGCACCGUCCAUUCAAUGCGCGCGACCUGUCUCUGUACGUGCGCCUUUAAUACGACAUUUUUAGGCUAAAUUAAAGGCGCAUGCACUGAGACAGGUCGCGCGUAUCGAAGCGAAAGGCUAGUUUUUGGUGCCGAACUGAUAGAAGGUACUCGAAUAUAUCUUCGCAAAGAAAGCUCAAAGUUUUUUUCGACUUUUUUUGAAAUUCAAAAAUUUUUUUGCGUCUACGGAUCGGUUAAGUACGCAAAUCUCGAUUAUCGUUUUUUUUUUUAAGUUUCUGAAAUUUGAAAAAUCAGUCAAAUAAUUCAAAAUUGCGCGAAAAAAACUUCAGAAAUUCCUACUUUUCAAAAUAAAAGCUGCUUUCACCAGAAGAAUCAAAGUCGAUAAACAUUUCAUUUCAUUUGAAGUCUUUGUGAAACUCAUGUUCCCCUUGAAACAAUUGUUGAUUUUUCGGGAGUUUUUCUCGUAUUUCAAAAAGCAAAAAGUAUUAGAUGGAUGAUGAAAAUUUGGAGGAAACUUCAUUAAAUUAAAAAUUAUCAGUUGAUUAUGUAUCUCGAAAAGAAUUUCUAUACCGUUAAAUGAAUGAAUUUUUAGGUGAUUUCCCUUUAUAAAAUCAAGUACGUGGCCCCUAUCAAAAUAAAUAAAUUUCUUCAAAAAGUACCCAUUUUUCAAUGAUUUAAAAAAAUUUUUUCCUUCAAUUUUUCUCUGCAAAAAUUCGGAAAAAAAUGGCUGCUUUUUGACUUCUGGAAGCUACGAAAAUGUUCCAAAAUGGCGACAAAUUCAAAGAAAAGGAGCAAAAAUAGGUUCCUAUGAAGUUAAAUGACAUGAAAAUCAAAAAUUCUUUGAAUAAAGUCCAAAUUAUGAUCAUAUUCCAUUUCCUCCCACUCAUUUCCAGAAACGGACCCCUUCUCCGUCGGAUUUUUACUCCAUCAGUACGUUCAUACGGAAGGCGACAAGAAGAACACGUAUUUCCUGUUUCAGACGAUCAAUAAGGUUCGUUAUCGAAAAAGAAUUUUUGAUUGUCUAGUUGGGGGAAAAAAAUUUCAAAAAGUGACAAAUUAUUCUUUUUCAUUUUUAAAAUUUUUCAAAAAAGGUUUAUGAGAUUUUUUUGUGAUGAUGUAUACAGAACUUUAAAGCGAAAAAGGACUUUUUUUAAGAAUUUUUUUAGAUUUUUCGAAUAAUUUUUUUGGGAUUUUUGGGAUGCUCUCUGAAGUUUUAUAAACGUAGACAUUCAUUUGGAAAGUUGCCAAUUUUUCGCGAAUUAAAAUUUUGGGAUUUUUUGAUUUUUCCCAUGGAAAUUUGAAGCAAAAAAAUAAAUUUCUCAAAUUUUUGAUUAUUUUGAAUGAUUUUUCGAGAUUCGUAUUUGAUGAAUUUUUCAAAAAAAUUUGCGUUUUUGUGAUUUUUACAGAAAUUUUGAUGAGAAAAGUCGCAUAAAAUUCCGUCGGAAAUUUGAACUUGAAUUUUUCAGCUAGUACUAUAUUUUUUUUUUGCAAAAAGCUUGAAAAUUUCAGAUCCUUCAAGAUCGCGAUUUCUCAAUCCCGACCUACCGCCUGGCCCAGACUUUGGCUGAAAAUAAGGUGAUUGGAACAGCUGAAAAUUAUUUUCCUUCGCACGCACUAAGUGUUGACUUUGGAUGAUAAUUGCAUAUUUCUCUUUGCAGAAUCAGGUUUACCUCAUGGAGUUUGGCAUCAACAACCCGCCGAAGAACUGUCUGCAGGACGGCGCAUGGGAGGACAUCCAGCCGUUUUGCGACAAACUUCUGGGUUACUAUACCCGUUUUGCGACCAAGGGGUUCGUGUAAACAAUUUAGAAGGAAAAGGCGAAAAAAUCCGAGUCUAGAGAGCACUGCUAAACAAGAGAGCCUGCAGAGAAAAAGAAAACUCGUGUCCUCUCAUUUUUGAACGCUCUCUCCUGAGAAAAAGCAGAUGAUCUCUAGAGGGGUUAGGAAAAAAGACCCUAUAGGGACUACUUAGAGAGCUAAAAUUUAGCUCGUCCCUAUAGGUGUUUAGGAUCUGACCCAUGAGUCCCUGAAGCUCUAGUGGUCCCUAUAGCCGUUUUUUAGUUCUUUUUUUAUGAUUUGGUCAAUUUUGUAAGGUUUAGUGUUCUUUUUGUUUAGUGUUCAAUUUUGCAAGGUUUAGGGGUGACUACUUCACCUCCCCUAUAGGGAUCACUCGGGCGUAACUUCAAAGAUUAGAACGUAAACUCAAAAAUUUAUCUCGAAGUGGAGAAAAAUCGGACGUUUCGACGAAAACAGUUUUUCACAAUUGAAAGGGCUUUUUCAACCAGUCAUAAAAAUAAUUUUUUUCCUCUUUUUCUAUAAGUUCUUCUCGCUCGCGGAAUUUCGACCGCGACGCCUCUAUCCAUUCCAAGUUUGACCACGGAUGUUCAUGUUUCCGAAAAUUCUCUGAUAAUGCUGAAUAUGAGAAAGUUUAAAGUUUAAAAUAAAGUUUUUUUUUUCUCUCAGUUUGAAGAUUCAUCCGCUUUAAUAGUCACUUUGACAAGAGUUGAAGUCUCAUUGUCGCAUCUGGAAUGUGCCACGGUCGAAAAAAAGAAGCUGCGCCAUAUCCAAAAACGGCUUGCGCGAAAAGGAAAAAAAUCUGAUCAGCAAACUUCAAAAACUGCUUGAUCCUCCUACAUACGUGGGCGCCGACCACUUUUUUCACUUUCGCACGGUCCCACGCGUGACGUCACAUGACGUCAUAGCGGCCAAAACUGUAAACAACCCAGCGCGCUCUCGCGGCGUUCGCGCGCGCUGAAAACGCUCACAGAGUUUUUAAAUAUUUUACUUAUAAAAAGACUUUUUAUAAUAUUGCAAACAACUUUUUUUCCUUUUUCUAUUUUUUUCAAUCAUUAAUGUUUUUUUAUAAAAAAAGUUCCGUGGAGAAAAAAAUCGGAAAAAAAGGCUAGAAAAAUUGGUUUUUCUUGAUAUUUUUUUGAAGAAAAAUACCCAAACAAAUGCGAAAAGAGAAGUUUUAAGUCACAAAAUGCUCUUAUUUUUCUCUAGAAAUUUUAAAUGCCGCUAAAAUUUGCUUCAGUGAGAAACCUUACAAAAAUCUUAAAUAACUACUGAAAAAGAACAAUACACAUGUAAAAAGUUUGAAAUAUAAUUUAAAUCUUAUUAUGAAAACAUUUUCGAAGUUCAUAUAGAAAUCUAAUUCUAACUAUUGAAAAAAUUUAAUAAUCAUUGCAUCAUGAAGACAUUUACAGGAAAUGCUUUCAUGUUAACAAGAGCGAAACCUACCUUGGUCUCCUUCAAUUUUUUUCUACCUCAUCAAACUCAUCAAUGUUCAGAACGAAAUUUAUUCUGGAAUAUUAGUAUAAUAAGAGAGGUAGAUAAGAAAAAAUACAUAUAUAAAAACCAUGUUUUAGAGUAUUUAUGCAGAAAAAUUUUGGCGCGAGUAUGUUUUUUUAAAUAGUUUUACAAUUACUGGUACACUCGGAGACAUGAUUCAUCAAAAAUUCAAUGAAAAAUUAGGUCUGCCAAUAAUAACUUCAAACUCUGAAAAUAAUUUUUCUUUUUCCUUGAGAAAAUUAUUUUCAAAACCGAAAUUUUUAUAGAGAUGUCUAUUCUAGUUUAAAAAAUUGAUCGUUCGACCGACCGUUCGAACAAUAGUUUUUCAACGUGUCAUAAUAAAUGGUCAUUGGUCGAACGGUUGGAGUUUCAACAUUUUGACAUGUGACAUGUUGGUUUUUGACUGUUCGAAAUGUCACUCUCGAAAUGGUCGGUUUAGUAGAUUUCAGAAACUGGUCGGUCAAACGAAAGGUCAGAAAAAUGACAUGUUAUAACCGUUCGAAAACUGAACACUGAAGUAAUUUGAACGGUCUUAUUGAUCGACGGUCAAAUUUUAAAACACUAAUGUCCACCAAGUUUUGACGUCUACUUUCUUUUAGUCUCUUACUGAAAAAUUCCAAAAAAAAGAACAGCCUCUAACUUGAACAGUUUUGUUAACAAAACAUUAUUCUUGACCAGUUUCUCUUUUAGUAAGUAGAUGUAAAGGUUGUUUUAUUGACUUCGUUGGUUUGGCAUGGUGCGCCAGUUGGACUGGGUAGGGUGCGCCCGGGGCUAUAACUCGGCUCAAAAUGGUCAGAUCAAGUUCCAAACUGACUUUUUAGCCUUAAAACAAUGACCUCACUCAUUUAUCAGAAAAACUGGAUCAAAAAUUCGCAUUUUCCCAAUUUUUCAGUUUUUUUACCGGUCCGUACCGGUGCUCACCGGUUAAUGAUAAAAUUUGCUCAAAAAAAGGCUUCUAGGCAUUCAAAUCGUCUAGAAAAUGAUUUUUCAUGAAGAAAAAAAGUGGAAAAAAAGUCCACUUUUUGAUGGUUUUGGCAUGGUGCGCCAGUUAAACUGGGUAGGGUGCGCCCGGGGCUAUAACUCGGCUCAAAAAUGGUCAGAUCAAGUUCCAAACUGACUUUUAGCCUUAAAACAAUGACCUCACUCAUUUAUCAGAAAACUGGAUCAAAAAAUUCGCAUUUUCCCAAUUUUCAGUUUUUACCGGUCCAUACCGGUGCUCACCGGUUAAUGAUAAAAUUUGCUCAAAAAAGGCUGCUAGGCAUUCAAAUCGUCUAGAAAAUGAUUUUUCAUGAAGAAAAAUUGGAAAAAGUCCACUUUUUGAUGGUUUGGCAUGGUGCGCCAGUUAAACUGGGUAGGGUGCGCCCGGGGCUAUAACUCGGCUCAAAAUGGUCAGAUCAAGUUCCAAACUGACUUUUAGCCUUAAAACAAUGACCUCACUCAUUUAUCAGAAAACUGGAUCAAAAAAUUCGCAUUUUCCCAAUUUUCAGUUUUUACCGGUCCAUACCGGUGCUCACCGGUUAAUGAUAAAAUUUGCUCAAAAAAGGCUGCUAGGCAUUCAAAUCGUCUAGAAAAUGAUUUUUCAUGAAGAAAAAUUGGAAAAAGUCCACUUUUUGAUGGUUUGGCAUGGUGCGCCAGUUAAACUGGGUAGGGUGCGCCCGGGGCUAUAACUCGGCUCAAAAUGGUCAGAUCAAGUUCCAAACUGACUUUUUAGCCUUAAAAACAAGGACCUCACUCAUUUAUCAGAAAACUGGAUCAAAAAUUCGCAUUUUCCCAAUUUUCAGUUUUUUACCGGUCCAUACCGGUGCUCACCGGUUAAUGAUAAAAAUUUGCUCAAAAAAAGGCUGCUAGGCAUUCAAAUCGUCUAGAAAAAUGAUUUUUCAUGAAGAAAAAAAUUGGAAAAAAAGUCCACUUUUUGAUGGUUUGGCAUGGUGCGCCAGUUAAACUGGGUAGGGUGCGCCCGGGGCUAUAACUCGGCUCAAAAUGGUCAGAUCAAGUUCCAAACUGACUUUUUAGCCUUAAAAACAAGGACCUCACUCAUUUAUCAGAAAACUGGAUCAAAAAAUUCGCAUUUUCCCAAUUUUCAGUUUUUACCGGUCCAUACCGGUGCUCACCGGUUAAUGAUAAAAUUUGCUCAAAAAAGGCUGCUAGGCAUUCAAAUCGUCUAGAAAAUGAUUUUUCAUGAAGAAAAAUUGGAAAAAGUCCACUUUUUGAUGGUUUGGCAUGGUGCGCCAGUUAAACUGGGUAGGGUGCGCCCUGGGGCUAUAACUCGGCUCAAAAUGGUCAGAUCAAGUUCCAAACUGACUUUUAGCCUUAAAACAAUGACCUCACUCAUUUAUCAGAAAACUGGAUCAAAAAAUUCGCAUUUUCCCAAUUUUCAGUUUUUACCGGUCCAUACCGGUGCUCACCGGUUAAUGAUAAAAUUUGCUCAAAAAAGGCUGCUAGGCAUUCAAAUCGUCUAGAAAAUGAUUUUUCAUGAAGAAAAAUUGGAAAAAGUCCACUUUUUGAUGGUUUGGCAUGGUGCGCCAGUUAAACUGGGUAGGAGUGCGCCCGGGGCUAUAACUCGGCUCAAAAAUGGUCAGAUCAAGUUCCAAACUGACUUUUAGCCUUAAAACAAGGACCUCACUCAUUUAUCAGAAAAACUGGAUCAAAAAUUCGCAUUUUUCCCAAUUUUCAGUUUUUUUACCGGUCCAUACCGGUGCUCACCGGUUAAUGAUAAAAUUUGCUCAAAAAAAGGCUGCUAGGCAUUCAAAUCGUCUAGAAAAUGAUUUUUUUCAUGAAGAAAAAAAUUGGAAAAAAAGUCCACUUUUUGAUGGUUUGGCAUGGUGCGCCAGUUGGACUGGGUAGGGUGCGCCCGGGGCUAUAACUCGGCUCAAAAAUGGUCAGAUCAAGUUCCAAACUGACUUUUUAGCCUUAAAAACAAGGACCUCACUCAUUUAUCAGAAAACUGGAUCAAAAAAUUCGCAUUUUCCCAAUUUUCAGUUUUUACCGGUCCGUACCGGUGCUCACCGGUUAAUGAUAAAAUUUGCUCAAAAAAGGCUGCUAGGCAUUCAAAUCGUCUAGAAAAUGAUUUUUCAUGAAGAAAAAUUGGAAAAAGUCCACUUUUUGAUGGUUUGGCAUGGUGCGCCAGUUAAACUGGGUAGGGUGCGCCCGGGGCUAUAACUCGGCUCAAAAUGGUCAGAUCAAGUUCCAAACUGACUUUUAGCCUUAAAACAAGGACCUCACUCAUUUAUCAGAAAACUGGAUCAAAAAAUUCGCAUUUUCCCAAUUUUCAGUUUUUACCGGUCCGUACCGGUGCUCACCGGUUAAUGAUAAAAUUUGCUCAAAAAAGGCUGCUAGGCAUUCAAAUCGUCUAGAAAAUGAUUUUUCAUGAAGAAAAAUUGGAAAAAGUCCACUUUUUGAUGGUUUGGCAUGGUGCGCCAGUUGGACUGGGUAGGGUGCGCCCGGGGCUAUAACUCGGCUCAAAAUGGUCAGAUCAAGUUCCAAACUGACUUUUAGCCUUAAAACAAGGACCUCACUCAUUUAUCAGAAAACUGGAUCAAAAAAUUCGCAUUUUCCCAAUUUUCAGUUUUUACCGGUCCGUACCGGUGCUCACCGGUUAAUGAUAAAAUUUGCUCAAAAAAGGCUGCUAGGCAUUCAAAUCGUCUAGAAAAUGAUUUUUCAUGAAGAAAAAAAUUGGAAAAAAAGUCCACUUUUUGAUGGUUUGGCAUGGUGCGCCAGUUGGACUGGGUAGGGUGCGCCCGGGGCUAUAACUCGGCUCAAAAUGGUCAGAUCAAGUUCCAAACUGACUUUUUAGCCUUAAAACAAGGACCUCACUCAUUUAUCAGAAAACUGGAUCAAAAAAUUCGCAUUUUCCCAAUUUUUCAGUUUUUACCGGUCCAUACCGGUGCUCACCGGUUAAUGAUAAAAUUUGCUCAAAAAAAGGCUGCUAGGCAUUCAAAUCGUCUAGAAAAUGAUUUUUUUCAUGAAGAAAAAAAUUGGAAAAAAAGUCCACUUUUUGAUGGUUUGGCAUGGUGCGCCAGUUAGACUGGGUAGGGUGCGCCCGGGGCUAUAACUCGGCUCAAAAUGGUCAGAUCAAGUUCCAAACUGACUUUUUAGCCUUAAAAACAAUGACCUCACUCAUUUAUCAGAAAACUGGAUCAAAAAAAUUCGCAUUUUCCCAAUUUUCAGUUUUUUUACCGGUCCAUACCGGUGCUCACCGGUUAAUGAUAAAAUUUGCUCAAAAGGCUGCUAGGCAUUCAAAUCGUCUAGAAAAAUGAUUUUUUUCAUGAAGAAAAAAAUUGGAAAAAGUCCACUUUUUUGAUGGUUUGGCAUGGUGCGCCAGUUAAACUGGGUAGGGUGCGCCCGGGGCUAUAACUCGGCUCAAAAUGGUCAGAUCAAGUUCCAAACUGACUUUUAGCCUUAAAACAAGGACCUCACUCAUUUAUCAGAAAACUGGAUCAAAAAAUUCGCAUUUUCCCAAUUUUCAGUUUUUACCGGUCCAUACCGGUGCUCACCGGUUAAUGAUAAAAUUUGCUCAAAAAAGGCUGCUAGGCAUUCAAAUCGUCUAGAAAAUGAUUUUUCAUGAAGAAAAAGUGGAAAAAGUCCACUUUUUGAUGGUUUGGCAUGGUGCGCCAGUUGGACUGGGUAGGGUGCGCCCGGGGCUAUAACUCGGCUCAAAAUGGUCAGAUCAAGUUCCAAACUGACUUUUAGCCUUAAAACAAGGACCUCACUCAUUUAUCAGAAAAACUGGAUCAAAAAAAUUCGCAUUUUUCCCAAUUUUCAGUUUUUACCGGUCCAUACCGGUGCUCACCGGUUAAUGAUAAAAUUUGCUCAAAAAGGCUUCUAGGCAUUCAAAUCGUCUAGAAAAUGAUUUUUUUCAUGAAGAAAAAAAUUGGAAAAAGUCCACUUUUUGAUGGUUUGGCAUGGUGCGCCAGUUAAACUGGGUAGGGUGCGCCCGGGGCUAUAACUCGGCUCAAAAUGGUCAGAUCAAGUUCCAAACUGACUUUUAGCCUUAAAACAAUGACCUCACUCAUUUAUCAGAAAACUGGAUCAAAAAAUUCGCAUUUUCCCAAUUUUCAGUUUUUACCGGUCCAUACCGGUGCUCACCGGUUCGUUGUCUGAGAGCUCCAAAAAAGGGCCAAACCAAUUGAGAAAAAAGAUGAAUCAAGAUUGAAACCUAAAAAAAGUCGUCUGCAUUGUUUUUUUUUGAUAUUAGUCCUCUUAAAAUGGAAAAAAAGUUAAAAUCUAUGAUCCCAUUUAAAAAGAUAUUAUAUAGCGGAAAAAACGAAAAUGCACAAUAUGGACGAUUGCUUUGCGACAGUGAGCGAAAAUGACGUCAUGUGACGUCAAAAAACGCUUUUGGUAUGGUGCGACGAAAAUUGGGUAUGGUGCGCUGCCAGUUGGGGAGGGUGCGACAUGACGUCACUAUUAAAUUUAACCGCCGCCCACGUAUGUCCUCCUAGCUUUAAAAUUGAAGGGUAGAAGACAUAAGCUUGGACAAAAAAUUGAAAUUUCUUUUCAUUACUUAAAGUUUACUGUAUCAAGGGCUACUGUUGAGAGCAUUCAUAUGGUUAGAACAUGUUCGGAAAAAAAAAUUUCAAACAUUUCAGAGCACCUACAGCUCAAGGUUGCGACCCGAAAAAUCCGGCUUGGCCCGCUUUGAAAUCGAGCAAACGCGAUUAUUUCGUCAUCCUCAAGGUAAUAAUUAGUUUUUGUUGAGUCCUCGAGUACUCAGAACGCUAGAGUGGUACCUAGAGGGGCAGUCUUAGGGCUAGUCCGCCUACAGGGGUCACUAAAGCGUUGUUUGAAUGGAAAAUAUCCACAGAAGGCCCCUAUAGGGACCACUUGAGCUUAAGGCUUUUAAAAGUGGAAUUCUAUACUCCAGCUAGAUUUCACCAUUCUAGGGAUCACUAUUUGUCCCCCUACGAUGGCUGUGGUUUCCCCUAACCCCUCUAGGGGCCACUCAGACGUACCUGAGUAGUUCUUUUGUACAUUUUAAGAGAACGAAAAUAGAAAAGUGACCUCAUAACAAUAGAAUAAUGUUCUUCUGCGUGCUCAGGUAAUAUUAAAUUUGGGGGUUUUCCAAAAAAAGUGAUUUUUGCAACUUCUAACGUUUUCGAACAUUUUCAUCAGUUUCCUUGAGGCCGACGGAAUGCUAGAGUGGGACUUUGACUUCCGUCGGGCGGCCUACGAGCUCUGGACGAAUUUGGUGAGUUUCCAGCUUAUUGACGGUGUUCCAAUAGGUAAUUAUGGCGUUUUUCGCGAACCAAAGUUCCGCGGAUCAGACUGCAAGCGUUUCUGAUGAAUUUGUUGUCGGCAAUAAAUUUGUCAGGUUUGUAAGAAUAAGAAACCAGAAAAUAGUUUUUCAAGUGAUUCUGUAUGAAAAACUAUCGAUUUUUACCGGUUUUUUUUAAGAAGUUUGUGUAAAAAGCCAUUUCAAGUGCGGCCAGAACAUUUUAUGAGGAAGGUUUGAACAUUCUUGAACAUUCCUUUGUUUUUUAGUCAUCUGGGUUGAGAAACGAUAAGUCGAAAAACCUUGAAAAUUAAAGGCGCAUAAGUCGCGAACCGAAAAUGAUGAUGAACCGAAUUUUUUUUUAAUCGUGGUCACCUCUGAGCCCCUGAAUUCGUAUCAUAUUUUCUCGUUAUCAGAAUCGCCGGUUCACUUUUCGCUUAAUUUCAACCGAGUCUCACCUUUUUGCAAAAAUAAAUAAGGUCAAAGUGCAGCCGACCAGCUGAAAAGUUAUUAUUUAACCCGGGAUUUUUAAUUGCACCGAAAAAAGGUCCCACGAACUUUUCGGAGCACUUUUCUUCCUAAUUAUGAGGUUGAACUAAUCGUCAUAGAGACUCUUGGAAAAUAUAUAUUCUAAUAUCAAUCUUUAUGCUAGAAGUGGCAAAAAAGAGUUUUAGAUAGGUUUUGGCACUACUUUAAAAACAAGAAAAAGUAGUUAUAAAGGAAUUUGAAGAAAUAGCCUCGAAAAAAAUUGAUUUGAAAGGAUUUAGUGCGCUCCAUAGAUAACUUUUGAAGAACUCGAAAAAGAAACUUAUUUUGGUUUUUUUUCACUCUGUUCCACUGGUUCUGCUUCAUUCGAUUAAAAAUAUCUAUGGAGCACAUUUGUUCUCAAGAUUUUUCGAAAAAUCCAAGGCUUUUUCCUCUCGAAAGUCUUCCUCAAAACGACAUAAAAUAGUGGAUUGCAACUCUUUAAACGGUUUUUUUUCGUUUCAUUUUCAAAAAUUCAUUAACUUCUUCGAAAAACUUACUGGCAAAAAAAAAUUAACUCAAAAGGGAUCGAACCUGCAUCAUGUGUUCCGCAGCGCAAGGCCGCUAGCCACUGCACCACGCUACCUCUUGGUGACGGAAGUUAGCCGCCGAAACACAUUCCCUCCUCCCUUCCAAUGCAUUUAUCGCGUGCAAACUUUGAGACGCCAUAACUCGACUAGGACCAAAAAGGCGAACUUUUUUUGAACUUUAUUGAAAUCAGAGCGUCCUAAAGCACCUAUAUACCAAGUUUCAUAAAAAAAAAAGCCAUUUUUACUACAGAAAACUGGCCGAAAAGGACAUUUCUUGCAAUGAACAUUUCUCGUCAUUCGUUUUGUAACAACGUUUUUCUCACGCCUAGGCUGUUAUUAUUUCCGAUAUUUUCAGCUUCUCACGCCGAUUCAAAACAAUUAUCCUUUUUUGCCAGUUUUCACUGAGUUAUUCCCAUACAAAUUAUGAACUUUUUUUAAUUUUGGGAGAAGUCAAAUAUAUUAUAAAAAUGAAAAAAUUUUGCAACUAGAAAUCUGUGAAGGCGUAAAAUUGAAGUGGUCACUCUAGGGAUGAUAUUUUACUUCUCAAGUGACCACUCAGAUUUUUAUAAUACAACUUGAGCCUCAUGAAUAUGCUGCCUUAAUUAUUUCACAGAGUUUAAAAAGCCCUAUAGUGGUCCCUAAAAUUGAUUUCGACAAAAUGUUAACUUGUUUAUUUCAAAAAGUCCUGUGGUGAUCACUAGAUCUUGUUUACUUCAAAGCUAUAUGAGUUCCAAAAAGAGGGCACUUAAGAGGUUUUUGUUUCAUUUUCCACAACGAAUGUAUCUUCAAGGUUCUUUUGAAGCACUAAAGCGACUACUCCAUUUAUUCAAAUACAGGCCAUUUUUCUCGCCUUGAACUAGUUACGGUUAUUUGGGGAAUGAUAAAUUUUUAAUUGAUCAAUUCAGUCCAAAAAUUCGAGAAAUUCGAACUGACGCCAAAAACCGCAAAAACCGCUUCGCACUGAAAAUCGCUGCGGCUCCAACUUUCAAGCCAGGAAAAUGAUUAUAUUUGAAAAAAGCUUUUUCCAAGAAUACUCGACCGAGUUCAGCUACCGUCCCUGGACGAACUCGAGCUCGCCGGCCGACGUGACGCGGUUUUCGCCGAAGACGAGCCGACUGAGGCGCUCCUGGAGGAAGACGACGUCCAAGGCUGGCACGUCGACGCCGUCGCUUCUGAAUCUCAUUCCCCGAAAAAAGCCGAAUUGUGA